AUUUACAUAUUUAGCUUUUUAAUUCUGUAUUGACUUCCAUCGUCUUCGUCAAGAAGUCUACCCUUGUGACAGGUUGUUUCGGCGGCAAAUUGUAGGUAGAAAAUGUUUCUGAAAUUUUUCUUUGGAAUUAGGAAUUUUCUAUUUCCGGUGGAUUAGCGCGCGGAUGAACUGGGCAUGAAGUUUGUUAUUAUCAACAAAGAUGGUAGAUCAGGCACUGACUAGAUGCCGAACAGUUAAACUUAUUUUAUUACAAUGUAGAUCUUUAUAGUCGAACCAGUCCAGUGGCAGACGUUAUACAACCAAGAUAUGCUUUUUCUUCCAAUCUGUUAUGCUUUUGAAGGUAGAAAGCAGCGCAGCCUAGUUCUUUUUGAAGGGCUAUGAAUUUCAGCUCGUCUUCGGCAGCCGGUAGCAACGAUGGCAUCAACAACUCUUUCCAAAGACUCUCUGUUACUCAAAUCGCCCCAACGGACAUCAAAAAGAAUAUUUGGACUCUCAAAAAGGUGUUCAAAAGUGUAAGUUUGACCAGAAAUUCGUGCUUGAAACCUCAGCAUGAUCCCGGCAGCUUUAGCCAUUUUGAGCAAGGUGUUCCUUUGUGCGAGAUUUUUACUGAUAUCGGCCAGAAAUUUCUUGAUCGCUCAAAGAUUGUUUUGGCGAGAGAGUGCCUGGUACACGUUGAAUCUUCCGCUAAGUUUGUUCAAGAGCUGGAAGAAACAGUGGAAGAGUAUAUGGCCUAUUUUGAGGGUGAAAAGCCAGUUCCAAGCGAGUUCCCAUUCAAAGUUGAAAGAUUUCACGACAUUUGCCAUGCAGCAAAAACACAAUGUAUGUACCGACUGGCGAUAAGAAAACUUAUCUUUUCCGAUCCAUGGCUUCGCAAAUGUGCGCCAGACAUGCUGGAGGACUUGGAAGUGGUGAAUAAAGCGCUUUCGAAAUUAGCAGACACGAGUAUAUCGCUCAUUUCAAUUAUUUUAUCCUGCGUGUUGCGCCUUGCCGAAAAAUGCAAAUGGUGGUUGACUCAGCAAGGUUUAAGUGCUGUUUGCCAGGGAAUUGAAGAUUUCAAUCGCCUUUUUGAGUACACUAGAAAUUUUCAGAGCGACGAAAGAAAACUUUUAAGUGUGAACGAGGCAAGAAAUUUUGUGCAAUCGAAGGGUCGCGAAAGAGCAUUUUCAACUACAGCUGUUGGUGAUGUUUGUUUAUUGUCAUUGAACAAACUUUUGAAUGGCGUUGCUUGUGAACGUUCAAGAAUUUUGGCCGGUCACGUUUACGAAUUUGUAAGCGGACAUCAGGAGGUUACUCGGACGUUAAAGUAUGACUUUGCCACAAACUUCGAAUGGAAAGACUUUGGGGUGGUAUGCACCGGAGGGAAUGUCAGGCUCGAGGGAACUACACUGAAGAACGGAGUGUUGUCAGUUUUAAGCCGCAACCAAAUCCCACUUCUAAAACUCGAGCCAGGCUCUCCGAUGCUUUCAUUUGAUUCAGAGGACCAGAAAUUUUUCAGUAAUUUGAUAUCACAACUUGCUACCUCAACAACACUUAUCUUAGGCCACCAUGUUGGUGGUGAGAGGAAAAAUGUGAUUCAGUUGCCACCAUUAGAGCUGCUGACCUUAAGUUCAAGGAGUGAAGAUGCUGAACUACAGGGGAAAUCAACAGCUGAGGAGGCUGGAGGGUCAACAAGUUCAUCAUUGCACCACCAGGAGGGUCAUGGCAUUCUGAAGCACAGCUCAAGUCCAGGAUCACCCAGACUUAACAAGCGCGUUCAGUGGAACGCACCACUAGACUCUGAAACAACAAAGCAGUUACAUUCUAAUUAUAACACAAUGCUUUGGGCCAGUUUUGGAGAGCAGUUGGUGGCCCUCAUGGGAGAAAAUCGAGAAUCUCUAGCCAACUUGAUGCAAAAUGUGGUCUUGGGUCCAUUGUUUUUGUGGUCUGAUUUUCUUUUGAUGGUUGUUGUUCGCAUGAUGGAGUCACUACGUCUGUCAGGUUGUUUGCCACCAGCGGGUAGUAGUUCUCUUCAAGCUGUAAGCUGUUAUCUUCAUUGUCUGGCCUCUGCAUCAAGCUGGGAUUCAGCUUUUUGUAAAGUUCUUGGUACCUCUUUAUCUGACAAGUGCCGCAUGGAUAGUGAACCUACAGACAGCGUCCCAAGCACCCAGACAGUACAGUCAAUAGUUAGUCUCUUGGAUCCACUUGAAAGCAUUUUUGAAAUGGCAGGUUAUUGGAAACGAUCAUCCAGCCACCUGGAACCUCAUGCUAAUAGAACUGCGAGAGCUCUAACACUGUCAGUUUUUCCCAGUCUGUGUCGUUUUCAUUCAUUGGUGUCCUUUGGUUUUCACUGGUUUGAUACCAAAAUACAUCAUUUUUUGUCCUUAUGGUCCCUUGAGCAGUUUCUGCUUCUGACACAGUGGGACUUACCACUUUUUCUGCAGUCGUUGAAGAAGACAUUUUUCCUUGUACAGUCAUUAAAUACUGCUCACAGUGAUAGCACUAGUUGGAACUCCCUUUCUGUGCAGUACAGUCUCUUAGAGGAACAGAGAAGCAACUUGGAGGGUUUAUUGAAGAAGUCAUGGGUUCUUUUCUCAAGAGAUUUGACGAAGAUGUCAACAGAAUUCUUUCAGGAGGCCAUGCCAGUUGGUAAGAGCUGGAAGAAGAGUCGCCAUUCAGGGAUUCCUCAUCAGCGAAGCCCAUAUGUAGAGCAUGCAAUAUUUCAGAUUUUGGAACCAGUGGUGGAGAGCUCCUUGGGUUUGUCUUUUGAAAGUCAACUGAAUGUUCUGACCCUUGUUGUCAACACCAUGAUGGAAUCAUGGGGUGAUUUCAUUCUCAAGGAGGAAAUUAUUUUUAGCUUUUAUGGUGCUCAGCAGCUUGGCUUAGAUUUUGGUUACGUCAAAGUAUGGAUCGCAUCUGACUCAAGUAACCUCUCAUCUGAAAUUCAAUCACGCCUCUUAAAUUUAGAUGUGUUUCAGCAUCUUGAUGGUGCUGUCCGUCUACUGAUGUUACAGCCAAGGAAGAAGAAAUCAACUGUCGCAGAUAUUGAUGGUGAACUGGAAUCUAAUGUUAGUACCAUGAGCAGCAGUUCAGUUCUGUCGUCAUUAUCAGGGGUGGAUAUUGAUGGAUAUGAUGUUGAUGUCCUCAAUGACAAGACAAUUCCUAACAGGCAGAAGUGGCUGGAUCUACGUCUGCGAGGGGGGAAAUCUAAGAAAGGAUUGUUGCCAUUUUGCUUGAAGGUGCAAGAGAUGAAAUGAACAUGUACAGUUAUUUAUUGUAACCAAAUUGCAGCCCUAUUCAACUAUUAAAACAAAAUGGAAGGAUAAUGAUGACAGGCAUUUAUCCAUUGUUCAAGCCAAUGUUUUUAAACUGAAUAAUAUGUGCAAAAUUAUCACUAUUGAUUUUUGUUAAAUAUGUUCACCUUUUCAUUUCUGUAAAAUUUUUUAAUAAUUGGAUGAGUUGGCAGAUUAAUUUAUGCAGCCUUAGAAAUCCGGCCUUUGUGAAGGGACAUGUACAUAUUAACAAAUUGUUCACUUUUCAAGAGAUUAUGAAAAAGUUUAGUCUUAACUUAUUUUUAAAGUGAACUGGUUAACUUGAUUAUACUUCCACAGUAAGAUAUUAUAGAACCACAACUUAAUGUAUUUGUUGUAUAAUGUUUCUUAUGAGUUAUUUGGGAAACAUGUGGAAAAAAAGGCCACCAAUUCAGGAAACUACAAAUGAUUUCAUGUUUAUGAAUAACAUGAACAUGAAAGAUAUUGAAUAUUUAAGUACUGGAAGAAAAUUUGAGGAGAAGCUUGAAAAAAGUGUAAUUGUGUUACUUUGUCAACAAGGAAGAAUUCUUUAAGCUUAGAAAUUAUGCUCUGUAUAAGUUGCAACUAUUUAAAGCUGAUAUAGUUUUUUAAUUUAUGUAAGGUUUAAUUACCGUCUAUGCUAAAGUUGGAUAUGUUUUCACAAGUUUGAAUUUUUUUUUUUUUUUUUGAAACAUCAAGAUCUUGCAGAAAGUAGGGGACAGGUCACAUUGCAAAUUACAGCAAGGGUUAGCUGUUUUACUUUGUAGACCUGUGUAUUGUCUAUGUGGAAGCAAGUCAUGGAAUCAAGAGCAAUUGGUUUAACGUGAUAAUUAGUAAACACUGUAAUGAUAUAUUAUUGUAUUGAAGUUGUCAGGAUUCAAAUUAUUACAAUUAAAUUAUUCAAAGUACAUUAAAAAAAAUUAAGUUAUAGAGAAA